AGUUCGAAUACCAUUCAUUACACCGAAGGCUCAUUUUCUUAAUUUUUGUGUUUGCAAAUUCCAUUUGUCUUCGUGUGUAUGUGUAUGUGCGUUAUGUUAUUUUCAUGUUUUAAUUCAAUUUCAGUGUUUGAAUGAAUACCAUUUUUUGCAUAUGUUAUUAGUGUGGUGUUUCAAAUUCAAUUUUUCACUGCCGAAAUAAGAAAAAAUUAUUGUGGCAAAUUCUGUGAACGCUCAGAAUACACAGCAUCAAAUUAUAUUAAUGAAUAAUUGUUGUGAAAUGAAUAAUCGAUGUAUGAAAUGCCAGAUAUCUCAUGAAACACUUCUUGAAUUGAUUUUUGAAUAGAACAAACAUUUGUUCAAAUUUAAUUAAUUCCGAGCGCAUAUGGGAAACAAAUCUCAAAUAAAUCAUAAUGAUAAUCACAUCGAAAUGAAAUAGAAAAAUCGUACUAAAUAAAUUCUAGCAUUUUACUUGGUUAUUUAUGUGUUGAUGUGAUGUGCAAUUUCAAUCACUUCAUUAUUUCAUGUAAUAAAAGAGUCGCUUCGAUUUAGUUUUCCUUUGUGAAGACGUAAACAAGUAGUCAUCAAUUGAGUGCUGAGCGCUUCCAAAAGGCUGACCUCAAAACACUUUCGAAGAUGUUAAUUAAAGAGUACAGAAUUCCAUUGCCAUUGACAGUGGAGGAGUAUCAGAUUGCUCAGCUGUAUAUGAUAGCAAAAAAAAGUCGCGACGAAAGUAAAGGUGCUGGAAGUGGUGUUGAAAUUUUAAUUAACGAACCGUACGAAAAUGGGCCGGGUGGUAGGGGGCAAUAUACGCGGAAAAUCUUCCAUAUUGGUUCACAUCUCCCCGGUUGGAUAAAAGGAAUUUUGCCAAAAAGUGCAUUGACUGUACAAGAAGAAGCAUGGAACGCUUAUCCAUUUACAAAAACCCGUUACACGUGUCCAUUUGUUGAAAAAUUCUCCUCAGAAAUAGAAACGUAUUAUUUUCCAGAUAAUGGAUACCAAGAGAAUGUAUUCGAAUUGGAUGGCAGUGAUUUGAGAAAUAGAAUAGUUGACUUGAUUGAUAUUGUAAAAGAGCAACUUUAUCCGAAUGAUUACGUUGAGAGCGAGGAUCCAAAGCUAUAUAUUUCAAGUAAAACAGAGCGUGGACCGUUAAGCGAGAAUUGGCUGGAAGAUUAUUGGAAUGAAGUGAAAGGAAAAUCGCAACCAACAUCGAGAAACAUGGCAUUGAUGUGUGCAUAUAAAUUGUGUAGAGUUGAGUUUCGUUACUGGGGAAUGCAAACAAAACUAGAGAAGUUCAUUCACGAUAAUUUAAUGCGAAAAAUGAUGGUCAGUGCUCAUAUUCAAGCCUGGGCUUGGCAAGAUGAAUGGCAUGGCUUGAAUAUGGAAGAUAUUCGAGAAUUUGAACGAGAGACGCAAUUAAUCUUGCAAAGAAAAAUGGUAUUAAACGGCGAAGACGAAGAUGAAGAUGGAAAUGCAACUGAUUUGAGCACUAGUAAACAUUCAUCGCAGUUCCAAUCGAUUGAAAAAACGGAAGAUACUCCAAUGUUUCCCAAGAAAUUGCCAGAACCGCCACAACUCAAGGAGCAUCCGCCAAGCAUAGAUAGUUCGGAAGGUGAAGAUGACGUCGCUCCAACUCGUUCAAAAACACGCAACGAACGAUCGUCAAGUGGCCAACUAUCUCAGCAUUCAAAGUACGGAUCAAAACAUGGUCUGCAUUCACCAGCUGGAUCGACUCAAAGUUUCGAUUUACAGCCUGCAAAUCAAACAAAUGUAAAAAAUGUGGCGAAUUGGCGAAUGGAAAAAUUGGAGAUCGACUCCAAGUCUGGUUCGGAUGAAGAAUUUUAUGACUGUAUCGUCGCACUGUCCAAUCAUGAUAUGAGUGAAUCGAUAUCGUUGGCCAAAUGGAGUUCAUUGGAAUUAUUGCCAGAGGAAGAUGACAGUCCACCGCCAGCAGCAGCACAAAAAAAAUCAGCUGUUGACAGCAUUUUCAGUCACACGUACCUGCAAAGGGUUGCAUCCGAACGCCGUCGUCCAACAUUAGGAAAUUCGUCAAGUAUAGAUCGUUCUCCACCCGGAUCUCCCGGAACCUCCUGUCCCACAAGUGUUCUAGCACUGAUAUUCCACGCUGGCAGUUGUUUAGAUGCGAAUACCGAUCGUGCGGCAAAGAAAUCAGAUGUGACCACAUUUCGCGGAGCUUUCGAGUCGGUAAUGCGUCAACACUAUCCAUCUUUAGUGGGGCAUUUGAUUAUUAAGUUGGUGGGUUGCCCAUCAGUAUGCAGUGAUGCAUUAGGCAUUUUAUCAAGUUUAAGUCCAUUUUCCUUUGACGUAUCGCCUACGGCCAUGUCUGAGCUUCCAAAUUUGACUGACGUACCAAUCGGCGCUAUACCAAUUCUAACCACAUGUUCACCGGAUUUUCAAGAUGCCAUAAAUAAAGCGGUUACCAGUGCAAACAUUGUUUAUAAUGAAUUUCUUAAAUCGGAAGAAGGAAAAGGAUUUAAUGGUCAGGUAGCAAUAAUCGGUGAUUCCAUGGGUGCAAUUCUUGCACACGAUGCACUAUGUCGUACAACGCGACACGGUAGCGAAGUAUCAAAUUUGGAUGAAGAUGUCUACCAUGGUCUGUUAAGUGAUCCGGAACUGGAUGCAAGAAAAUUAUUGACUGCACCAUCGCCACGAAGACGUUCAUCGUCCACCAGUGAUUCGCGAUUGCCACGAUUUGAAUUUGAAGUUGGCGAUUUCUUUAUGUUUGGCUCGCCGUUGGCGAUUGUAUUGGCUGGACGGCGUUUGACUGAUAGUCGGGCUGCCAAUCAAAAACCGCACUGUCAACAAGUCUAUAAUUUAUUUCAUCCAACCGAUCCCAUAGCAUCAAGAUUGGAACCACUUAUUUCCGCAAGAUUUUCUUUACUUCCACCAGUCAAUAUACCUAGAUACGCUAAAUAUCCACUCGGAAAUGGUCAACCAUAUCAUUUGUUGGAAUUGAUUCAGUCGCAUCCUCAAAUGUUUUCAACGAAUGAUGGUCACCAAAGGCGUAUGUCAGAUGCGUCCCUUCAGAGUACUGUAUCAGGAUCAAUUGAUAACAUUCCGUUAACUACAAUAACUACACUCCAGCAACGAUGGUGGGGUAGUAAACGGCUUGAUUACGCUUUAUAUUGUCCAGAAGGAUUAAGCAAUUUUCCAGCUCAUGCGUUGCCACAUCUAUUUCAUGCAUCGUAUUGGGAGAGUUCCGAUGUGAUUGCAUUCAUCUUACGACAAUUGGGCCGAUUUGAUGCCUCAAUGCUAAUUGGCCACGAUGAAAAAGAUCAUCAAUCAACAUUCCGUCCGAGUCAACCGCGCGAGAAAUGGCAAAAGAAGCGAACAAGUGUUAAAUUGAAAAAUGUUACUGCUAAUCAUCGAGCCAACGAUGUUAUUAUACGUGAAGGUCAAUCAAACCAAAAAUUACAAGCUCGAUUCAUGUAUGGACCUCUGGACAUGAUUACGCUUGCUGGUGAACGUGUUGAUAUUUAUUUGAUGAAAGAACCAUCAGAAUGGAGUAUACUUGCAACAGAAGUUACAGAUAAAACGGGCCGAAUAGUGUAUACGCUGCCCAGUGACAAAUCACUUGACAUCGGCAUUUAUCCAGUGAAAAUGGUCGUCAGAGGUGAUCACACAUCGGUUGAUUUUUAUUUGGCUGUGAUUCCACCAUGCACUGAAUGUGUUGUGUUUAGUAUUGAUGGCUCUUUCACGGCAUCGAUGUCAGUAACUGGACGCGAUCCAAAAGUUCGAGCCGGAGCCGUAGACGUAUGCCGAUUUUGGCAGGAGUUAGGAUAUUUAUUGAUUUAUGUAACGGGUCGCCCGGAUAUGCAGCAACAGCGUGUACUCUCAUGGUUGAGUCAACAUAAUUUCCCGCACGGUUUGGUGUCAUUUGCCGAUGGUUUAUCAUUAUCUGAUCCGCUCGGUCAUAAAACCGCUUAUUUGAAUAAUUUAAUUCAAAAUCAGGGCGUCAUCAUUCAUGCAGCGUAUGGAUCGAGUAAAGACAUUGUCAUUUACUCACACAUUGGAUUGAAGCCAAAACAAAUCUAUAUUGUUGGAAAGAUCAGUAAAAAGUAUCAAGCGAGCGCUACAUGGCUCAGUGAAGGAUAUGCUGCGCAUUUGAAUGUGUUAAUGCAACAUGGUGGUUCAAGAGCGGCUCAAGGAAAUCAACGGAUGUUCAUUCCGAAAGGCUGCUUUAAUUUACCUGGCCAAACAUCACUGCGGAGACGAAGGUUGCAUGAUCAAGAUGUUGUAAAAUAGAUACACACCGACAAUAUCAGCGCAAAAGAUUUGCACAAUAAGAAAAUCAACGAGAGUGGAAUGUCGAUGUCGUCACCAGCACGUAGCGGUCACAUGAAACGCAAAACAUUUUUAAGUUAAAAUAUAUGACAGAAUAAAAUCGAUGUUGUGAAUCGAUGUACUUAAUUGGCCCAUCGCAAUCAAGCAAGGAGACUAACAAAAUCAAAAGAAAAAAUCAACGCAUUUCAUGUUUAGAUUGAUGUAGCUUCGCAGUUCAUCACAAAUCGCAAUUUAAUUUUUUUGUGUGGCUGUGAGAGUUCAUACUUGGCAGCAAAUUGCAUUCAAUGCAAAUAACCUCUACGUUUUACCGUUCUCUAUCAACGAUCGCUUCCCUGCAUUUUACAACAUUCUCCAUUCACUACAAUUAAAUAGGAUUGAACAACAAUUUAUCAUUUUCCCGACACUUUGUCACAUGGUACCUGGCUCAGAAGACUGUUCUUUUUCAUGUGUUUUGUGUGUUACUAAAAACAAAUUUAUUGUAAAAUCUAUCGACAAAAAAAGCUUUCUAAAUGCGUGUGACAAAUAAAAAAAAAAUAUUAAAAAUUGUCAAAAUUCAAACACAAUUUAUCCAUUGAAGUUCUGAAACAAAUGUGAGACGACGAACAAAUGGCUUUAAUUCGAUCUAUCAAUUUGAGGCAUGUGUUGAUGAAAAUUAGUUACACAAUUUUUGAAACCCAAAGAAAUGUUAAUACGUGUUUAGCAAUGAAAAUAUUUUCAUAAAUUAAAGAAAAGAAAUGAAAAACGAUCAUCUGAUAAUGAAAGAAAGAAAGAAUUGAAUAUAUGAUACAUAGAAUGUCUAAAUUGGCUGUUUUGUUCAGGUUAAUUGAUCACUUAUGUCUGCUCCACAGGCAGAAUAACAUUAUAUAUUGAAAAUUAAGACAAAAACUCAAAUAUAAUUACAUUAAAUCGAGUAAAUUUAAAUUGAAUGUGGUUAAAACAAAUAUAUAGCUGUUGUUGUUAGUUUAAAAAAAAAGCAUAUAAAAGAAAGAAAAUUAUUAUUAUUAUUAUCCUUGCUGAAAAUGAUUCGAUCAGGUAAAGGAAAAAUAAAAGCCAAAAGUACAUGAAAUAUUUGUUUUUAUUUCAUACACAUGUAUAGCGCUCAUAUCAUCACUCUCCAUGAUUUCUUUUUACAUUUGGUUCUCAAUACAUUUACAUAUUCAACAUAGCAAAUUGGACCGAUAUUAUAUUGCACAUGUGAAAUACUCACACUCACAAAUAAAUUGACUCAAAUUGACAGUUUUGUUGUUGAAAAA